GCCCCUCCUCCUACGACCUCCGUGACCAACUGUCCGGCCGCGUUUGGCCUCUCGUGCGGCGAGUGGAGCCCGGAGGUUCUGGGACGCUGACAGUGGACCACGACAGGCACAGCUUUCACGCGCCGGCAGCGUGCGCUUCUCACGCACCUCCCGCUGGUUGCCGCGUGCUGCAGCACGCAUUUCGGCGGUAUCAGGCUCUGUUCUUCCCUCAUCAUGCAGACGUCGAAAGCUUGUCACUUCUGCAGGAGGAUAUGAUCCAUGCUUUGAACAGCAGCCUGCGUCGACUACGGAAGCAUCGGCCGGAUGACCGGCAGCAAGGAAGGCCGGAGCCAGUGCUUAGUGCCACAGACGUGGAGGUGAAGGACCUCGCUGCCCCCCUAGACUUGGGGGUGGACGAGUCCUACGAGCUUGCUGUCUCGAUCCAAGGCCAGAUGACAGUAUCAGCACAGACAGUCUGGGGUGCCCUGCGCGGCCUCGAAACUCUCUCGCAGCUAGUAGAGUACAAUUUCCCCACGGACAGCUAUGCCAUCCACGAGAUUCCAUUCCGACUUCAGGACUCUCCGAGCUUUCCACAUCGGGGACUGCUCGUCGACUCAGCGCGGCACUUCUUGCCCCCGAUCCGUCUCAAGCGGACCAUCGAGGCGAUGUCCUUUGCAAAGCUGAAUGUGCUGCAUUGGCACCUGACAGAGGACGAGUCAUUCUCGAUGCCUAGUUCGUCACACCCGGAGCUUGCAGAGAAGGGUGCGUGGAGCGCAGGCGAAAGGUACACUAUCCGUGACGUACAGGACGUCGUUGAGUUUGCGCAGCUGCGCGGCGUCCGGGUCGUCCCCGAGUUUGACAUGCCUGGGCAUGUGAGCUCCUGGAGCAAGUCGCACCCAGAGCUCUUCGAACAAGCCUGCUUGGAGAGGUCGCGGCGGCUAGCUUUCAAGCCCACGAAGGAUGUUUUCGACUUCCUGCAGGGCCUGCUUGCAGAAUGGACGACUACCACCUUUCACGAUCAAUUCCUGCACUUAGGGAGCGACGAGGUGCCCUUCGAAUGUUGGCAGGGGCUGUCCAUUUCCGAGGGCGGCAAGACCUACAGCACCCCGACGCAGUUGUUCCAGCAUUUUGUCGGGAGCAUGUUUUCCCGCGCUCACGGGCAGCUGAAUCGCUCCGUCAUCUUUUGGGACGAGGCAUUUGUUUCAGCUCGGGCUGAGCUUCCUGCAGAGGCAGUGAUUCAG